UUGACAUCUCUGUUAGCAAUUCUCUUCCUCUUUCUUUUAUUUCCGCCAUUGCCUGAGAAAGUUGGAAAAUCAUGGGCAAACCCAGAGGACUGCGCACAGCUAGAAAGCAUGUGAACCAUCGCCGCGAUCAGCGUUGGGCCGAUAAGGACUACAAGAAGGCCCAUUUGGGUACCAGAUGGAAGGCCAAUCCCUUCGGUGGUGCUUCCCACGCUAAGGGUAUUGUGCUGGAGAAGGUCGGCGUUGAAGCCAAACAGCCUAACUCUGCCAUUCGUAAGUGCGUCCGUGUGCAGCUCAUCAAGAAUGGUAAGAAGAUUACCGCCUUCGUACCCCGUGACGGUAGCUUGAACUACAUUGAGGAAAACGAUGAGGUCUUGGUUGCCGGUUUCGGUCGUAAGGGUCAUGCCGUCGGUGAUAUUCCCGGUGUCCGUUUCAAGGUCGUCAAAGUGGCUAACGUCUCUCUGUUGGCCCUCUACAAGGAAAAGAAGGAACGCCCAAGAUCUUAGAUGAUGAUACAUCUAAUCAAAUUUCCACACAGAGUUAGGGUUUUACAAAUCUAAAUAAAAAAAGAAAACAAAAAAAAACCAAACUCAAA